AUGACAACCCGAGGUGAGUAUUAAUUAUGAAAUUAAAUAAAAUUGCGAUAUUUGACCCCAUAAGAACUUUCUCCUGAUCAAAUAGAUCUUCCCUGAUCAACCCCAAGAUCCAUCAUUUUUCCAGAAGAGAUCGAUGUGGUGAGCUGUUCGCCAGCCUUGUCCACCUCAGCUCGACUUCCAGACCUUGGCGAAGAGAUGGAAGAUGAGGAAGAAACUUGUGAGAAUGUAUAUUUGAGUGAGGAUGAGGAGAAGAAGUAUUUCUGCCAGAGGUGUUUGAAUCAUGGCAUGCAUUAUCCGAGAAAAGGCCACAAGCCUAAAUGCAAGUGAGUAAGGGGGAAUUUUUAGAAGAUUAGGUACAUUUUUAAAUUUUAAAAAUUCUUCGGACCUUUUUCUGGAAAAUUUUAAAUUCUUUAAGAGCAUUGAGGACUAUAUUAAGUUAGUCGUUAAUUCCAAUUUUUAGUUUCCGGGAUUUUGCGGGGCCUAUGCUAAGCCUAAAGUUAAGCCCUAAAGGCUGAGCCUUAGCCUAGGUUAACCUUAAUUUCUUUCUGAAGGCCCAUCACCCAGACAACUUGUGUCCAUAGCCCUUUUUGGGUUUGGCCCGGGCCUUUAAGGUUGAGCCUGCCAUGCGCUUUAGUUAUCGUAACUGUCUCCAAGAAUCUCAGGAAUGUUUCCCCAGCUUCUUCCUGAUUCCUUAUUCAAUUCCACUUUUGAGAAAAAUGCGUGAGAAAAAUUCCUGACUCAACGAUUUUUUGAUUUUAUAACAUACAUUAAACCCUACAGUAUCCUCAGGUUUGCCUUGAAAAAGCUACCAAAAAAAAAAACAACUGUAGUAUAACCUUUUCCAUUAAAAAUGCAAAAAAAAAUGCGCAAGAAAGGACACCACCGGAUGGUACUGUAAACACAAUUAAAAUCAUAUAGACAAUUUUAUGGCUAACACACAAUUGUGUUUUUUUUGUUGUUGUCCAAAAAAAAUUGAAUUGAGAAGAUGAAGAAAAAAAUGGUUGGAAUAUGGUCAUUUUUACAAUUUUUGUGGUGACAAGACAGAACUGUCGAAAUAUUUUUUGAUUUGAGCAUAUGUAUAAGGUCUAGGCUUAGGCUUAGGGGUGCGGGUUAGGCUUAGGCUUAGGGGGCUAGGCUUAUGAAUAAGGUCUAGGCUUAGGGGGGAUAGGCUUACAGUUAUAUAGGCUGAGGCUUAUGGAUAAUGUUAGGCUUUAGAAAGGCUUAGACUUGGGCAGGUUUAGCCUUAGAAGGUGGGCUUAAGGGUUCAAGCUUAAGCUCAAGGUUUAAGGAUUAAGCUUAGAUGUUAAUGGCAUCUCUAAGUACCUAAGAGCCUAAGCUUAGAUAAGGUAUUCAUUAGGUAAUACAAAAACCGAGUCUGGGUUUGGUUUUUAAGAAUUUGUUAAGCUCCUAAUGAAUUUAAGAAUCAAUUGAAUUUACAAAUUUACAAAAGAAUUUACAAAUUUAGUUAAACAUAUCUUAAGGUAAACCUUAAUUCAUAAAACAUACUUAGGCUUAGACUUGAAGACAUGAGUCAGGGUAAUUUCCGUAAUUUGUUUAAGAUUUUGAAUCUUCAGCUUAUCCUAGACUCAAAUUCCACCUGAACUUAGCCCAACUCAAUCCUCCUCCAUUUUCAGAUUCCUAAACUGUACAUGCGAAGAUUGUUACAUGGUUGAGCAACGUCGUCAAUUGAACAAUAUGCUAAGUCGGAAAAAACAGCGAGAACCGCGCGACUCUGCCAUCAAAGGUCCGCGCAUCCGCGACCCGCAAUGCGCUCGUUGCGGAGCACACGGUGUCAAAAUUCCGCUGCGCGGACACAAACGCAGUAUGUGCCAAUUUUCGACGUGCACGUGUGCGACGGUAAGUUCGAGGGAUACAGUAACCCAGGGACAUUUUAUUAUAUUAUUUAUGUGAUUCUUCAAGGUUAAACCUAAUAAAAUUGAGGGAAAACCUGACUAGGAUACUGUAGUUUUUUUCUUAAAUGCAUUUAAAUUUUUCCAGUGCGCGCUGGUUGAGAAUCGUCGAACUCUGAUGGCAAAACAAAUCAAAUUGCGACGCGAUCAGCAAAAAGGCAGAAGUGGAAUUGUGCCGAAGGUGAAGGCGCCCAAAAAAUUGGCACAGAAUUUGAGGGAGAGCUCGGCGGCUCGGCCGAGAAGAUCAGGUAUGGAGAUGGGAUGGGCAAGGGAGGGAGUUAUAGUAACUCUGCUUCAGGUGGAGCUGUAAUUUAAAGGGGGGGUAAGACGACAAAAUUUUAUUUGCUCAACGAAUCGGGCUCCCUUUGAAUAGUAAAAGCCCCAGGGGAUUUUUUCUCGAAAGGCCUAAAAAGGUCCGAAAAAAAUAUUCCAUGAACUUUUUCAACGUAUAGCUAUACGUUGUCCAAAAGUUUAUGGAAUAAAUUCAACGUAUAGCUAUACGUGGUACCUAGUUUAUGGAACAUUUUUUCUGGACGUUUCCAGAAAAAAUCCCUUGGAGGUUUUACUUCUUUUGGGGAGUCUUUAACUUUGCGACAAAAAAAUUUUGUCGUCUUACCCCCCUUUAAUAAGCUUCACCUAAAUGUGAAGAAGACCCUGAAUUCGAUAAAGUUAUCCUAAACUUUAAAAAUGUAGAGUUUAACCUGAAUUUAGAAGAGUUAUCCUAAGUUUUAAAGAUCCAGAGUUUGACCUAAACUCAUAGGAAUGAACCUUAAUUUAAAGGAGUUACCUUAAAUUUAUCCCAAAUUUAAAGAUCCUAAAUUUAACUUAAAUUUAAAGAAGUUACCUUAAAUUUAUCCCAAAUUUGAAGAUCCUGAAUUUGACCUUAAUUUAAAGGAGUGAACCUAAAUUCAAUAAUCCUAAAGAUCCUAAAUUUCAAGGAAUCAAUCCAACUUUAACCUAGUUUUAAAUGUGUUAACCUAAAUUUAAAAUUCCUAACGAUUCUAAAUUUUAAGAAGGUUACUUUAAUUUAACCUAAAUUUAACCCAAAUUUUAAGGAGUUAUCCUUAAUUUACAGUUUCCUAAGCUACAGUAAUCUGAUAACAGCCAAAAAAUAAUGAAUUCUGAUUUUUUUGAAAUUUUUUGUUUCGCGCCAAAUGGGCUACAGUAAUCCUAUGAAAAAACUGAUGCGAUCUGAAAAUUUCAAUAAAAAUUCAGAAAGUCUGGAAAACCCCGACAGUAUCUCAAAAAAUCUACAGUAUCCCAGAAAAUCUACAGUAUCCCUGAAAACCUACAGUAUCCCACGGCCCACAAAAAAAUAAAGGGAAUUUAAAAAUGUGCUGUGUACAGUAGAGCGCGAUUGAAUUUUACAAGAUGAAAACUACAGUAUUCCACGCGACGCAAACCGCGCCGCUUCUAAACUCAUAUCAUUUUUGCAGGUUCAACCAGCUCUACCUCAGCAGCCUCCACAAUCUCGACAAGCCCCCAAAGUCCCAUUCUCCCAUCGCCACUUCCCCUAACUCUUCCCCCCACAUUCUUGCCAUUUCUUCGAGCUGCUGCUCCCGGCUCCGCCUUCUCACCCGUCCUUCUCCCAAGUCCACCCAUCGUGCUUCCCGCUCCCGCACCUCCCAAUUUCACGCUCCCCGAAAAUCUCAUUCUUUUGAAGUUGCUGAUCGAUUUGCAACAGCAAAACAUCAGGUGCGGCUAG